CGACCACCUGUCAGUCUGGUAUAUAAAGGCCUCUGUUGACGAUCAUCGUUGCGCUCAGUCAUCAUGAAGUCGACCCUACUCCUCUUGGCCGUGGCCGGCGCUGCCCUGCUCUCCGUUGCUUCUGCUGAUGUUUCCAACGCUCAGAAGCAACAUGAUGUGAACUUCCUCCUGUGGAAGGUCAAUGAGAACCUACGUGACGAAAAACAUAAAGAAUAUGCCAAAACCUUCGAUCCAGAGGCCGACAAAUCCCACUAUUCAGAUAAUGGAGAAGCUGUUCACCGCCUUAUGAAAGAGCUGAAGGAUAACCGACUGCUGCAACAAAAGCAUUGGUUCUCCCUCUUCAAUGACAGACACCGUGAAGAAGCUAUUAUGCUUUUCGAUGUCUUCAUGCAUUGCAAGGACUGGGAAACAGCUGUCAAAAAUGCUGCCUAUUUCCGUGAUCGCAUGAACGAGGGAGAAUUCGUAUAUGCCGUUUAUGCUGCUGUCAUCCACCAUCCACUGGCUGAACAUGUUGUCCUUCCUCCACUCUAUGAAGUCACACCUCACAUGUUCACCAACACCGAAGUCAUCCAAGAAGCCUAUGCAGCUAAGAUGAGACAGACACCUACCAAAAUCAAAUCAACCUUCACAGGCACAGCUAGGAACAAGGAACAACGUGUUGCCUACUUUGGAGAAGACAUUGGCAUGAAUACCCACCACGUUUUCUGGCAUUUGGAAUUCCCAUUCUGGUGGCAGGAUUCUUAUUCUCAUAAGCUUGACCGCAAGGGAGAAAAUUUCUACUGGGUACAUAAUCAGCUCACUGUCCGUUUUGAUGCAGAGAGAAUUUCCAACUACUUGGAGCCAGUUGAGGAACUGCAUUGGGAUAAACCUAUUCACGAUGGAUUUGCUCCUCAUACCUCCUACAAAUAUGGUGGAGCCUUCCCCUCUCGUCCUGAUAACGUUGAAUUCGAGGACGUCGAUGGUGUUGCACGUGUUAGAGACAUGAUCAUCAUUGAGAGCCGUAUCCGAGAUGCCAUUGCUCAUGGCUUUAUUAUCAAGGAAGACGGUUCUCACAUUGAUAUCAUGAAUGACCGUGGUGCUGAUGUUCUUGGUGAUGUAAUCGAGUCUUCUUUGUACAGCCCCAAUGCCCAGUAUUAUGGAGCUCUCCACAACACUGCCCAUAUUAUGCUUGGUCGUCAGACAGAUCCCCAUGGAAAAUAUAACAUGCCACCAGGUGUCAUGGAACACUUUGAAACCGCCACUCGAGAUCCUGGUUUCUUCCGCCUCCAUAAAUAUAUGGACAACAUCUUUAGAGAGCACAAAGAUUCCCUGCCUAGCUACACCUUUGAUGAAUUAAAUUUCGAAGGAGUACAUGUUACUAAUGUUGCCAUUGAUGGAACUUUGGAAACUUACUUUGAAGAUUUUGAGUACAGUUUACUCAACGCUGUAGACGACACUGAAGAAAUAGCUGAUGUUGAUAUUGAUACAUAUGUGCCCCGUCUAGACCACAAAGAUUUCUCAUACAACAUUGAAAUUAACAAUGAGAAGGGAUCUGAAACUUUGGCAACUAUUAGAAUAUUUGCUUGGCCUCAUCAAGAUAACAACGGUGUAGAGUUCUCCUUCGAUGAUGGCAGAUGGCAAGCCAUUGAGCUCGACAAAUUCUGGGUAAAAUUGUCUCCUGGAAACAACAACAUAGUCCGUAAGUCCGCUGACUCUUCAGUCACUGUGCAUGACGUCCCCAGCUUCAAAACACUCAUGGAGAAGACUGAAGCUGCUCUGUCAAGUGGAGGUGACCUGGAUCUUCAUGAAUUUGAAAGUGCCACUGGCCUGCCAAAUCGUUUCCUCCUGCCCAAGGGUAACCAAAACGGCAUGGAAUUUGAUCUCCUUGUCUGUGUUACUGAUGGUGAAGCUGAUGCUGCAAUGCCUGAUCUCCAUACCAAGGAUGACUUCAUGCACUAUGGUGUCAAUGGAGUGUACCCUGACAAGAGGCCUCAUGGUUACCCAUUCGAUCGCCACGUUGAAGAUGAACGCAUCUUCGAACAAGUCACCAACUUCCAUCAUUCCCAUGUGAAGGUUUACCAUCAUGGUGAACACAUUCACCAUCAUGAUUAAACUAUAAACUAAUUUUCCACAUGGCUGAUCAGACUAAGAGAUCAUUAUUAUAGCAAUGGAGGCAAAAGAAAUAAAGUUUAUUGCAAUAUAA